CCCUCGGCGCCGCGGGGCCGGGCCGGGCCGGCUGGCGGCGGUUUGGCGGCGGGCGGGCGGGCGAGCGCAGUGCGCCAUCGGUCCUGCGGCGGCGAUGCCGUGCGGGCAGCAGGAGAGCGGCGCCGCCGCCGCCGCCCGGUUCGUGGUGGGGGUGGAUGUGGGCAGCACCGUGCUCAAGUGCCACGUCUACGACCGGGCGGCCGCCGUCAGGGGCUCCAGCUGCCGCAAGCUGGAGUCACUUUAUCCUCGUCCCGGCUGGGUUGAAUUAGAUCCUGAAGUCCUUUGGAGUCAGUUUAUUGGCGCAGUAAAAGAGGCUGUUAAAGUUGCAGGACUUCACAUGAGGCAAAUUGCUGGUCUUGGCAUCUCAACACAGAGGUCAACCUUCAUUACAUGGCACAAGAGGACAGGAAAACCUUUUCAUAAUUUUAUAAGCUGGCAAGACUUGAGAUGUGCUGAACUUGUGAAUUCCUGGAAUAGAUCCCUUCUGCUGAAGGUAAUCCACGUUAUUUUUACAGUGCUUCAUUUCUUGACUGGGAAUGAUCAAUACUUGGCUCCGAGUUCUUUUACUUUUUCAACACAACAAGCUUCUUUGAAGUUGUCAUGGGUUUUUAAAAACAUACGUGAGGCUGAAGAAGCUGCUAAAAAAAAAAACUGCUGCUUUGGAACGGUUGACACAUGGUUGCUAUAUAGGCUGACUAAAGGUUCUGUAUAUGCUACAGAUUACUCAAAUGCCAGUUCUACAGGGGUUUUUGAACCCUUUUCGAAAAGUUGGAACCCCACUUUGUCUAGGUUACUUUCCAUACCAAUGUCUAUUUAUCCUCCAGUGAAAGACACAAGCUUCAACUUUGGAUCAUCUGACUCUGAAAUAUUUGGGGUACCUAUUCCAAUACUGGCAUUGGUAGCUGACCAGCAGGCAGCCGUGUUUGGAGAAUGCUGCUUUCACCCUGGAGAUGUUAAACUGACUAUGGGAACAGGUGCUUUCUGGAAUGUCAAUACAGGCAGAAAUCUCCUUCCAUCAUGGAGAGGCUUGUAUCCGCUGAUUGGUUGGAAGAUUGGGGAAGAAGUUGUUUAUUUAACUGAAGGCUCUAUAUCAGACGUUGGCACUGCCAUAAAAUGGGCACAGGAAAUAAAUCUUUUCACCAAUGUAGAUGAAACAGCAAAAAUGGCACGGAGUAUUGUUGAUUCUCAAGGCGUUUGUUUUGUUCCAGGUUUUCAGGUUUCUGUGAAUGACCCACAUCUGUGUGCCUCUUUCAUGGGGCUGAAACCUUCCACUACCAGAAGCCAUCUUGUACGUGCUAUAUUGGAAUCUGUAGCUUUCAGAAACAAACAGCUUUAUGAUAUCAUUGUGAAAAGGGUACACAUUCCUCUUCGAACUAUUCGGUUGAAUUUUUCUGAAGACUUCAAUUAAAACUGGAUCUAUUUGUGAGAGUAAGUGGAAGGAUAUUCUGUUGUUAAGAAUAUGCUAUACUUAAGUUUUUGGAGAAGAAGAUUAAAUUUCGUGGGGUACCCCUGAUCUCUAAUAUAUGCUUUUCACUGCCUCUUGGAAAAAUUUAAAAAUUUGGUCGAAUUAUAUGUUGCUGAAAAACUAGCUUGCACAUGUUUAGUGGAAAUUUAGUUUGGUAACACCAGUCAUUUCAGAGAUUGUCUGUACCAGAUGUGAUCUAUCUCUCUGAUGCUGAGAAAGGCUCUCUAAAAUUGCUCCUUCUGACAGCCAGGGGUCAUCAUGAUUUCACAGACAAGAACUAAGAGGAGAGCAUCAUGUUCUUUAUUCUGAUACCCAUGCAAUGAAAGAAAUAGACUGAUAGGCAUCUAGACAGUUGAGAAAUGAGAAUUUGGAGUGGUGGAAGAAAGGUGAAAGUACAAAGGUGGGAGGAGGUAAAAGUUUCUAUAUUCCAUGACAUACUGGGACACAGUAGGCAAAGAUGAAGAAGCAGCCAGCUGUGGGGUCAUAGUGAAGAGGAAUAGAGAUCGAAAGUAUUGAGAAUUUCUGAUUCCUUAGGAAGCUUAUUUUACUUAAAAAAGUGCAUGUAGAACUUUAGAAAUCAAAUAGAGAUUACAAAAUGCAAAGUGUGCAAGUACCAGAAAUAAGACAGCCUAGGGAAGCUUAGAAUUCUGAUCCCUUUUACAUUGUAACGUAAUUCUUAAAUUGUGUGAUCAUACUCUGUUUUACUCCAUAUAAAAUCACUGCUUCAUGCAGUGACUAUAAUAGAGGUAACUAAGAUCAGUAGCAAUUUAGCAUGUGGAUUAAGCAUCAGGGAAAAAUGAGAUAUACUUCAUGGCUUUUUCAGUAGUUUUGUAAAUUGUUGUUCUGUUCUUUUGUCCCCACACUUUUCAUAUCUGUUUGUUCCCUCUGAUUUUUGGUUUUAUCCUCUCUUAAUGUGUUCUUAUCCUCUGUUGAAUAUGUCCCUUCCCUCUGUAGCUGUUGUCCUGUAUCCUUUGUUUCUCCGCAGCCUCUGGUUUCUAGAAGCUCCUGUCUUUGUUUUCAUUAGUUGUCUCCAUCCCUAUUACUUCUCUUGGCUUGUCUCAACACCAGCCAGGAAGGCACAGAGAAAGACCCCUGUUUUGGGGGGUUUUUUUUGUUUGUUUGUUUUGGUUUUUUUUUUUUUAGUCCCCAUGUCCUGUGUUGUCACAGUCUGCUGUAGCCAUUAAAGGAUGAUCCUUGUCGUUACUGGACUCCUGGAGUGUCAAUAUUUAGUUGUUCUGUGAAAAUAGCACAUUCCUAGCCUAAUGGCACAUAGGAACUUUGAGCUAGAGUAUGUGCUCUACAGAUUGAAUCUCCAAAGUAUGGAGCAACAAAGUUUAGCUAAAUAUAAAACUGAGUAUUUGCAAAUUCGUUCUUGUUUUUGUCUCUUGUAACUUGAAUCAAGUAGAUGUUUUAUUUUUACAGAACAAGAAAAAGGCAUGUCACUGGCAUUAAGGAAGUGACUUUGCCGGAUUAAGUUUCUAUUCCAAAGUGUAGAGGAGAUAACACUUCUUAACUGUAUGUACAAAAAAAAAAAAAAAAAAAAAAAAAAAUCUCUAAUCAGGCAAAUGUCUCCUGAUUUCACUUUUAGAAACAGACAAACCAUUUAUGUAAGGAUUUUCUGAGGCAUACACAUUGCAUAGAAGAUUUUGGCUGGCAUAUUUAAAUUGGUGAAGUUUUCUAAGCAACAGAAGUCUUAUUACACAACACUUACUGUAGUAAUAAACUACAGAUGUCUUUACUGUACCACGUUUGGUAGAAAACAGCUACAUAACUGGGUAGUAUUGGAGUCCAAUGGUGUAGCCAACCAAUAUGUGACAAUUCAAAGAUCAUUUUUUGUUGUAGCUAUUUUUCAACUGCAGGAGGCAUUAAUUUGUGUCACUAGGAACUGUCCUUAGCUGAUUAAAGAUCAACAUUGAUAAGUUCUAGUUUUCUCUAUUAAAAGGGUUUCAGAUAUGAUGCAGUUAAGAAGGAAGUAAAUAGAGGAAAGAUAGAUGAAAGCCUCAUUCUCAUCCUGCUGAUAAAAGGGAAAGCAACUGUGAAGGCAUUUUACUAGUUCAAAGAUUUGCUAGUAAUGGGAAAACCCUGAUCUGAGAACACUUGGAAGGGUUUGUUUAAUGUGGUGGUUUUGACUGUUGUCAUGGUGAUAAGCAUAUAGAAGUUCUGUUAUAAACCCUAACAUUUCAGUCAGCAUGAUGUAUCUCAAAACUUCUGACAAUGUCUUCCUCUUCCCCUCCCGCUCCUCCCCUUAAAGAUGGUUUGGUUUUUUUUUUCCCCCUUGUGCUGGCCUCUAAUUUUGCCCAAAAAAUGGAAACACAUUUGUGCAUGAGUGAUAGGAAGAUUUAUGCAUAGGUGUGAAAACCAAAAAGCUGUUUUCUAAAACUUUAUCAAUAAGCAUUUGAACUGAACCCAUUUUUUACCUUUUCUUCCCCUCUCCCCACAUAGAGCUGAUGGCGGUGUCAGUAAUAAUAGCUUUGUCAUGCAGAUGACUUCUGAUUUGAUUAAUAAGAAAAUAGAAAAGCCUGUAAUUGCAGAUAUGUCUAGCCUUGGAGCAGCUUUUC